AUGAUGGCGCCCAGCGUGUUCCAAAGGACCAAGUCACCGCGCACCUCACCUGGAAACUUGCCUAGAAAAUUACAGAACGGCACGGAAGCGUCUGGCCAAUCAGAUCCGACAGCUGAUUCCAGUCCUGGCAACUCCAUAUCUGAUGCUGAGAACUUUGAGUGCUACGGCGAAGGAGACCAUGAUGUUCCUGCUAAUGCAUUAGAGAAUGGUACCCGAAGUCCUGGAAACCCUUUGAACAGACACUCUUGGACACGGACCAGCCUUAGGAGAACACCACCAAGCCAUCAGGAGAACUUGCCGAAUCGCCGUUGGGGCUCCAUGAGACACUCUGGGAAGCGACAAAUCGGCUCCAAUGUCUUAGCUAGCCAAUUAUACCGGUCGUCGUCAUUCAACUCGUCGGGCUGCGGUUCAGGCGGGGAACCAGCUGACGACAUGUACUCCGACGUAUCGUUGGAGGAAGAUGUCCAAGGCCUCAACUAUAAGGUGCAGUUACUCCAGCAGCAAGUGACAUCUCUAGCUGACACUCAGAGUACGGCUGACGAGCGCUACGCGAGGGCGAAGGCCGACAACGCAGUGCUGCAGGCUAGAGUACACAUGCUUGAUGAACAGAUCCGAGAGAUUGAAUGCCGGUGUGAGGAGAGUAUAGCGGAAGAGAAGCGUCGCAGUCGUGAAGCUAUUUCUCGUGUGGAACGAGAUCGCGACACGCAGCUAGCUGCCAUCACUGACAGACUGAGUGCUGCUGAAGCAGAGGCUUCCGAACUUAAACAAGAGGUGGGACGACUCCGUGGAGUAGCUGAAACAUUGAGAGCAAACGCAGAAGCUGCAGCGCGGGCGCAUCGCGAGGCUCAGGAACAAGUGGCCGAACUAUCAGCAGCUCUUAGCAGUGCUCGUGAGGCUGAGCGAAGGGAACGAGAUGCUGCUGCUACGGCUAAUAGCCUACUGGCUACUGCCAGGCAGGAGCUUCAGAGGCUAAGAGACGCUCCACCACCGCCACCAGACCCUCGCCUCGACGAGCUCAGGAAGGAACUGACGUUGCUUCGGACACAAAAUAAAUCUCUAUCGGAAGCUCAAGAAGAGUUACAAGCGCAGAUCUUGACACGCGGCGUGGAGGAGGGUCGCAGUUUGCUGGACGGAGUAAGCGGCCCUCUCGUGGGCACCAACUCCCUCGCACACGAACUGUCACAGAUGAGUGACGAUGAGCUCGAUGGUAACGAUACACAAUCUGAUCUCAGCAUAGAGAUGGAAAAGUUGCAGAAAGCUUUAAAGGAACAGCAAGACGUGAACGUUCAACUGAGGAACUACAUCGACGGGAUACUACUAUCCAUAGUGGAGAACUACCCACAGUUACUCGAAGUCAAAUAUCAGAAAGCCCCGGGUGACACCAGGUCAUAA